AUGAAGCCUCCCCAGACCUUUGAGGAGCAAACUGAGUGCAUUGUGGAAUCCCUGCUCUUAGAAUUCUUGAGUUUGCCAGUGAAAGCACAAAGCCGAUGCCUCCAAAGACAAUCCCUCCAAAGCCAAAGCCUCCAAAAUGACUCAACAGAUUCUGGUGAGCCAAGCUCUUUUGAUGUGACAAUCAUUGCUGCCCGCCUUCGAAUGCUAGGCGACCAGAUCAAUGUAGAAAUGGAAGAAUCUGUCGAAAAAGUCAUGAAAGAAGCUGCUACUGGACAGGUAGUUACUGUGCUACAAAACACAUUGAAAUCACUCAGCCAGACAUGGUGUGCCCAAGAUCCUAAUCUAGCCUAUGAGAGGGCCUUUCUGGCUAUGACUGUGAAGCUGCUGAAAGCUGUCUCUAAGAAAAAUCCCCAGACAGCCAGACAGUUAGCUGGACCAGUGAGGGAUGCGAUCAACGGGAACUCAGCUGUACGAGAGUAUAUAAUGAACCAGGGUGGUUGGGAGAAUGUGGAGGGUGGAGAUGAACCAGUUCCCCAUUGACAAUUGCCUGGCUGCUUGAGCAUUCUCCACUUACAAAAAGAAAGAAAGAAAAAGUUCAUUUGUUCAACACCUGAAUUUUAGCUAAUUGUAAUUACU